AUGCCUACGCGGCCAAUAACACCUAAGAACUGCGUCGAAGUGUCUAAAUACUUCGUCCGAGACAAAGUCUACUUCUUGAGCGACGUGGUUGUAGGGGGUCUGGUAAGGUUCCUGGAGGUUUUCACGAAGCGUCUUCCCAAUCCAGGUGAAACUCUCCUUUCAAAGCCAUUCGAGGAGCACCUAGGCGGUAAAGGUGCUUCGGCUGCCGUUGCUGCAUAUCGACUUAGCCAUAAGAAGCCAAAGGGUAGAGAAGCUGCGGUGAAAGCAGAUUCGCAUACUGAUGAGAUUCGUGUACAGUUUGUGGGCGCCGUAGGAGCCGAUGGUUAUGGUCCACGGCUUCUCAAAAAGCUGGAGGAGAACGGCGUGGAGACGCACAAGGUUCGCACAGUCAAAGAAGCCUCGUCCGGCCGAGCUGUUGUUAUUGUAGAGGAUCGUUUUAGAGAAAAUAGAGUAUUGUACGACCCUGGCGCAAACCACAUGAUCCAUCCAGGCGACCUAAAGACACUAGAAGAUCUGACUGGCGGUUCUGUACCCGCUUUGCUGGUUACUCAACUCGAGUUACGUCGAGAUACUAUCGAGCAGGUGAUUGAGACUGCGAAUCGGGCACAUGUGGAUGUCCUCCUGAACCCAGCACCAGCUCUCAGCGUUCUACCCAAUAUACUGCCAAUGAUCACGCACCUCGUCAUGAAUAGAAGUGAAGCCCAAACGCUCUCAGCAAAUGAGCCCUUGGAUGAGAACGAUCCCAACCGCUGGUCUCCAGUUGCAGAGUACUUUCUAUCACAACAAGUCCAGAAUGUUGUCAUCACCUUGAGCCGUCAAGGCGCAUAUUAUGCCAAUGAUAGCGACAAAGACUUUGUCGAGGCAGAGAAAGAUUACAUGCUUGUUGACACUACGGGCGCAGGAGAUACAUUCAUAGGUGCAUACGCCGUUGAAUAUGUCAGACAGAAGCAGCUCGGUCAAUGGGAUAUCAAAGCUGCCGUGGCGUACGGAUGUAAAGCGUCAGCACGCACGGUCGAGCAGACUGGAUGUUUAGACCCAAUUCCUUGGUCUGAUGCCUGGACUGAUGAAACGAAUGAAGAAAUGUAA